GGGGCCUCGGCGGGAGGAAAGGGGACCAGCCGCACGCUUCCUCUGCUUCCAGCCGGUGUGAGCAGGUUUGCUGAGGAAGACGUUCCACGGGACAAUGCCCCAAGAAGGAGGAGCAGAACUUGGGAUCUCCAGAGACCAGGAUAAAGGAUGGGCCUGGGUGGUAUUAGUUGCCACAGUGCUGGUUCAAGGCUUAACUCUGGGCUUUCCUUCCUGCAUUGGGGUUUUCUUCAAAGAUCUACAACAUGAUUUCCAAGCUAGCAACAGUGAGACGUCAUGGUUCCCCUCCAUCAUGACUGCUGUGUUACAUGCGGGUGGGCCCCUCUGCAGCAUCCUGGUGGAGCGAUUUGGCUGCAGGACCACUGUUAUGCUGGGAGGCCUUCUCAGUGGGGUGGGAAUGGUGGCCAGCUCAUUCUCCAAGUCUAUUAGCCAACUUUAUGUAACAGCUGGAUUUAUCACUGGCCUAGGGGCAUGUUUUAGUUUCCAGGCGGGAGUCACUGUGCUUGGCUCUUAUUUUAUACACCGGCGAGCUCUGGCUAACGCUCUGGCCUCCACUGGUGUCUCCAUGGGCUUCACGUUGUGGCCUCUGCUCUCCCAGUACUUACUUGAUGAGAUGGGCUGGAGGAACACUUUCUUCAUGUUUGGUGGAGUGAUGUUACACUGCUGCGUUUGUGGGGCUGUGAUGAGACCAGUACCAGUCAAACUGCCUGCCCCAUCCUUGAAGUCUGGUCCUGGACAUUUAGCCGAAGAUGUACAUUUAUCCAAUGGAAACGCCUUGGAUCAGCAGGUGCACCUGCAUCGGUCAAGGUGUGAUGCUUGCAUCCAAACGUUGCAGAAGUACCUGGCUUUUGAUGUCUUCUGUAAGAACAAAGGCUACCGGAUCUACACAAUUGGAGUGGCCUGGAUGGUGAUGGGUUUUGUGCUGCCUAUGAUCUAUCUGGUGCCCUAUGCCAUCUUGAAUGGAGUGGAGGAGCGCAAGGCAGCCCUCCUCAUCUCCAUCACUGGAUUCAUUAACAUCUUCAUGCGCCCCAUGGCAGGCCUGCUUUCGGGCCUCCGCGUCUUCACUGGCCGGCGGAUCUACCUCUUCAGUGUGGCUGCAGCGCUCAAUGGCCUGAGCAAUCUCAUCUGUACUAUCUCAGCUGAGUACAGCAUUUUAGUCCUCUACUGUGUGGUGUACAGUAUCUCCAUGAGUGUCCUUGGUGCACUUAUCUUCCAGGUGUUAAUGGAUGUGGUAGAAAUGGACAGGUUCUCCAGUGCCUUGGGCCUUUUCACCAUCUUGGAGAGUAUCACCAUUCUCAUUGGGCCCCCUCUUGCAGGUCUUCUUGUGGACCUUACAGGACAUUUUAGUUAUGUCUUCUACACUUCCAGCUUCUUCAUGGUGUCAGCAGCUCUGUUCAUGGGUUUUAGCUUUUGCACCAUGGAGGGAAAGAACAAAUUGACAGAGGCUCACAAACCAACUCCCGAGAAGCCUUCCAGGGUCAAAUAUGCAGAAGUACCAACACAACUGGGGCCUGAAAAGAAUUGUUCUCCUGCAGUCAUUUACGUGACCAGCAUGUGAGACCAGAGGAGCUGGAUAUCGCUUCCAUUGCAAAUGCAAGAGCUCCAAAAGCGGAGGAGGGAAAAAGCAGUGCCUCCUUUCUAAGGUGCCAACCUCCUUUCUGAUGCAAGCUUCUGUUCAGCUGUGUUGAGCUCUGUUUUCUAAAUGAAGGAUACAGAUCAGAGAAUAUAAACUUAAAGACAUGCAGAAAUCCAAAGAGCACUUUGCAAAAACAAAACAUGGUGCAAGUCAUGGAUAGGGCAAAGAUACUGUCCCAUGACAUCUGCAUUACUUGAAGCUUAACCUUUUUUUAUUAUCAGCUCAUUAUAUAUUUCAGUUCUUAAGACUGGAAGGACUUCUUCGCCCAUUGGGAUAUGCACUACAAUAGUUUCCAGACAGAGUGGCAUAAGCCUAUCAAUGAAUGAAUAAUACCACUUUAGCCAGUUUGGUACCACUAAACUCUCAGUGAAGUCAACUGGCCACUUCCUAGCCAAGGACAUGUUUAUACAGCCUUACUGCUGGACUCUUUGAAUGUAGCAUGGAAAUGUUGCAGUCCCAGGCAGGCUGUUAUGAAAUAAAUUCCAUGUUUCUGCUUUCAGCAUCCUGAUCAGGGAUAGGUGGUGUCAUAUGGACAAGUAACCAGUGUCAGUUAUUUCUGAAUUUCUAGAGUAUUUUCAUGGACAACAAAGGCCCAAAAUGGAAGCCACAGGCCAUAGCAAAACUGGGCUACUCCAAAGUGCCUGCAUACGGAUCACCAAAGGUGUCAUAAAACCCUUCUGAUCUAUGCUGCAGAAAAGGUCAGGGGUGAUCAAAAGAAACGGCCUUUUUUUGCUAGUAACACCCCUUAAACCUACCAGACUAUGGCAAUUGUAUGAAUGCCAAUAGAGAGUUAUGUUUAGAUUUGUGGGCAUCGUCACAUCGUCACUCAUGGAAGACUUCCAUGAGUGACAAUGCCCACUGGAGGAAAGGUAUGAGGAAAGGUUGAAGGAGCUCGGUGCGUUUAGCCUGGAGAGGAGACAUCUGAGAGGUGAUAUGAUAACCAUGUUCAAGUACUUUAAGAGCUGUCAUAUAGAGGAUGGUGCAGAGUUGUUUUCCGUUGCCCCAGGUCGGACCAGAACCAGUGGGUUGAAAUUAAGAGUUUUUGGCUAAACAUUAGGAAGAACUUCCUGACAGAGCAGUCUCUCAGUGGAACAAGCUUCCUCAGAAGAUGGUGGGCCCUCCUUCUUUGGAGUUUUUUAAGCAGAGGCAAGAUGGCCAUCUGACAGCAAUGCUUAUUCUGUGAACCUAGGCAGAUCAUGAGAGAGAGGGCAGGAAGUGUCACAUCAGUACUUAGUUCUUGUAGCUCCUUCUUACACACCCAGGGUAAUGCCAAUCGCCACUUUGAGGUCAGGAAGCAAUUUUCCCCAGGCCAGUUUGGCUAGGGAUCCUGAUGGUGUUUUGCCAUUUUCUGGACAUGGAACAAGGGUCACUGAGUGUGUGUGUGUGUGUGUG